UUGAAACCAGUUGUUGUUAUGGCAAUUAAAUGAACAAGAACAAAGAAAAAAACAAAAAAAAAGACAUAUUGAUUGAUAUUUUUUCCGUCAUCUGAUGACACAAAAAAAAAGCAUCACGUAUAAUAAAAAAAAACAAAAAAAAACAAAUGUGUAGAUUUCAGGUAAACUAUAUUAUAUUGUCAAUUGUCUCUUGGUGAUCACAAUCUUCCACAUAGCUCUGGUAUAUACACACACUGGAGGUAUUGUUAUAUAUACAGCCUGAUUUUAAGUACAUGGAUGAUUUUCAGAGGCAAUAGACUAAGCCACACAGAAUGGUUAGUUUACGGCUUCAGAUAUACCUUUGUGUUUUACUCUCUAUAAACUUUGCCAUUGGAACCAAAGUUGCGGACGAAGGGGUGAAAUGUCUGAAGGCCGAGGAAUUGGGCGACCGCCCUGCUAAUGUUUACUAUUGUCCAGAUCCAGAAAAGCCACGUUGCUGCCAACCUGAAGGAGGUGUAGAAUAUACUUGUUGUGAAGAAAAGACUAAAGAAGACCUCAAAAAACAGUUUGAACUCUGGGUUUAUAUUUUCCUUAUCGUUAGUGUCGUGGUUAUACUUUUGUUUUACUUCUUCAAAGAUGUCGACUAUUGCAAUCUAAAGCAACCAUUGAAGAACUAUAUAAUCAAAGAGUACGUAUACGUCAUAUUUUGUGCUAUUUAUGCUAAAUGC